AUGGGUUCAAUCUUCGAGAAAGCGUCUUCCGCAGAGCUACGUGCAUUGUGCCAAGCUGUUUCUUUGUCAGCAGCCCUCGACGUAGAUCUGCCGUUUUCAAAGAUCGUCGAAUAUGCAGAAGACGACAUUUCCCAAGCAACACGGCGUCUAGUCGAUUUAUACAACGAAUCCAUUGGUGUACACGAGUCGCUUGAUUCCCCUGAUCAAGUGAUUACUUCGCUUGCAGCAAUCGACCAACGUAUUUCUCUGGUUGAGACAUACCCUUCGUGCCUUCUUAAAAAUAUCCAAAACUCUCCCAAGAUCUCGACCAUCGAGUACAUCGACAAGGUUGGCCAAUACUUGGGCCCAUGUAGGUCCAAAGAGACCAACGACAAUACAUACACAUUGAGAAGGGUUGUUAUUACGGCGGCGAUCCAUGGAGAGCUGGGUUUUCGGUUGCCAAACGAGUUCCCAACUGUGCAGAGUAUCGACAAAUUUAUCAGCUUACUCCAAGGCACUGAGAUUACCAUCCACAAGUGGUAUACCUGCAAUCCAGACUGCAAAAUCGAGUUCCGUGAAUCAAGGGCAUUAAGUCGCGAGGGUCACUUUCCAUUUGAAGUCACCCCUCCUGAGUUAUCCAAGCCAUGCCCGGACUGUACAUGCCGGCGCUCGUUUCCCCCUUUCAAGCAGUGUUUGUUCACACGUGGACCAUCAUAUAGCUGGCGCAAAGAUGGAACUGGCAUUUUCCAGCUAUGUGACUACAAAAUCAAACUAAAUGAUCCCAGGCUCCGUACUGGAGUGCGGUUUCAGGAGAAUGAAGGGCCAUGGAAAAGUUACCUUCGCUGGAAAAACAAUCGCAUCGGAAGUUAUCAGACAAGAAUGUCAUCUCAGAAUGGCGAUUUUGAUUAG